CGCAACGAAAUGGCUCUGAGCACGGCGACCAAGCGCUUAGGACACCUGCUACCGCAGUCCAGCAUCCUCUUUGUGUGCGACGUUCAGGAGGUAUUUCGUGGGCUCACGUUCCAAUUGCCCACGGUCAUUCACAGCACCAAUACGAUGGUAUCGGCAGCCAAACUUCUGAAUCUCCCAGUGGUGGUGACGACUCAGUAUGGCUCCCGUCUUGGUAGCACCGUAUCCGAGAUCUCCAAGAACUUGGAGAAUGUGAACGACGUCAAGAUCUUCGACAAGAUGAAGUUUUCCAUGCUUGUGCCUGAGGUGGAACAUCACCUGACCUCCAACAUGCCACAGCGCAAGUCCGUGCUGCUCUGCGGUAUCGAGACGCAUGUGUGCGUCCUACAGACGUGCCUCGACCUGCUGGACAAGGGCUACGACGUGCACGUGGUGUCUGACGCCGUGUCCAGCUCCACAAGUUACAACCGCUCCAUGGCUCUGGAGCGCAUGCGCCAGUCUGGUGCCUACAUCACGUCGGUCGAGUCGGCCAUCUUCCAGCUGGCAAACGACGCCAGCAAUCCCGAGUUUAAAAUCAUCUCCAAACUCAUAAAAGAGCAUCUUAAGGUGGGGAACGGAUUCGACACGGGUGCCCUCAUUUAGGUUAUGGCGCGUUGCAUAA